GAGGAAAAGAAAAAAGAAAAAAAAAAAAGGCCGACAGAGAGAGACGUUGGACAUGGGAAAUGGAGAGAAUGUGGGCUUCUCUGCACGCAACUACAGCAGACUCCAGUUGUUGUUGUUGGGUUUCUUCUCACGCUGAUUGAUUGAGAAUUUCUUAAAAAAUUCAUUCAUAUAUUGGAUAAAACUCUGAUUUUUUAUCAUCGUUUGAAGCUUUUGAGUCCUAUACAAGAGAGAGAGAGAGGGAGGGAGGGAGGGAGGGAGGGAUGAUGGAUGGCAAUGCUCAGAGCAAGUUCAAGAGAGUCUGUGUAUUCUGUGGGAGCAGUUCUGGCAACAGAACAGUCUUCAGUGAAGCUGCCCUUGAACUUGGACAUGAACUGGUGAAAAGGAGGAUAGAUUUGGUUUAUGGUGGAGGAAGUGUAGGAUUGAUGGGUUUGAUCUCUCAAACAGUUUAUGAUGGAGGUUGCCAUGUUCUUGGGGUUAUUCCAACAGCUCUGAUGCCUCUUGAGAUAUCUGGCCAAACUGUUGGGGAAGUAAAAACAGUUUCUGACAUGCACGAACGGAAAGCCGAAAUGGCCCGACAAGCUGAUGCUUUUAUUGCUCUUCCUGGAGGAUAUGGAACUAUGGAAGAGCUUCUGGAGAUGAUAACAUGGUCACAGCUUGGAAUUCACAACAAACCGGUUGGUCUGCUCAAUGUUGAUGGCUACUACAAUUCCUUGCUUGCAUUAUUUGAUAAUGGUGUCGCUGAAGGUUUCAUCAAGCCACCUGCUCGCCAUAUAGUUCUCUCUGCCCCAACUGCGAAAGAAUUGAUUGUAAAGAUGGAGCAAUACACUCCACUGCAUGAACAGGUUGCACCAAGUAAAAGCUGGGAGAUUCGGCAGCUAGGUUAUUCUACACGACCAGAUCCUUCUUGACAUUCGAUCAUUCUACCACACUUUUUUCUGUUUUGAUGUGAUUCUUUCUUUUCAAUUUGUAUAUGAGAAUCACUGCAAAUGGGCACAUCAGCCCAAUUGAAUUUUCAAUAAAACCAUUCGUGUCCUCACAAA